AAGAGAGACACGCCGACACCACAUUCAAAAUGGCCUCUAUCAGCGACUGCGCUGGACGUGGAUCAAAAUGUGUAUAAACAACACCCAGCAGUGGCGUUACCCCGCAUCCUUAACGCUAAAGGCUUCGGAGACGCGAUGUCAUGAGUGUACCGGACCGGCCGAAUCAGCGGACUACAUAAGAUGAGAGCUUGUUUUGCAGACAGCCCAGCAGAACCGGGGCGCCGCCGCUGCAGCAGGGCUUCAUCCGCCUUUCCGACCCAGCGACACCUCCAGUGAGAUGGAGAGGGUGGAGGAUGCUGGUGAGCCCAAGCUCGCACCGUUUAUCGAUGUCAACGACAACCGGGAGGAGCAUAAAGCACGCGUUUGCGGUUCAGACACAGACGGAGCACGGGAGGGCUCUGUUUACAUUUCGCCAUACGCGUAUCCGGGCGGUGCUGGACAGCAGACUCGUUCUUCAGUGCUGGCGGGGUGCAAGGCCGGGGUAUUAAACGGGUUUCCCGAACAGCUGGAUAUGGUGUGUCCGGAUGGAGAGGAGGGGACGCCGUCAGACACGGGUCGGGUUUCAGGGACUUCAGAGACCGAAGAUAAACCCGACAAGGCGUAUUUAAAUUCCCAACUGAGGUCUGCAGUGUCAUUCACGGGUAAAACCUCCCCAGAUAUGAAGAUGCCUAAUGGAGAUUUGACCCAUGAACACAUGGAUCAUGAUCAAACUCAUUUAAGAUGUUUAAAUUUCGCAGAAGGGUUCAACAGGAAGGCGUCUGCUGCUUUAGACAGGGGUGUAAAAGUGGGCAAUGGAGGGCUGUUGAUUGUGAACAGCUAUGACACCCUCUCUCAAGUCCCUUUUGGAGCCUUAGGUGGCCUUCCUGCUCCAGAACACCCUGUCUUUGUUCAUAAGAUCGAUGGUAUCCUCUCCUCUGGGAGGUCAUGUGAAAGGGUCAGUCAUUCCAGCGCAGAUGAGGCCCAGCCCUGUGACCCGGAUCCAGCAUACACCCUAUCAGAUCUCAGCACCAAGCUGUCCUUGUCACCCCUGGCAGAAAACACCAGCGAUUACACCGAGACAGAGCCUAGUCCGGAGGAGGAUUUCAGCGACACGGGGCCCCCAGUCAGGCCUCAGAACCUCCGGACUAACCCCGGGCACCCAAUCUCCCUCAGCUGUGAUGCCACUCCUCUGAGUCCUGAGGAUGAUGGGUAUUUUGGGGCAGAGGGUAGUGUGGAUGAAUGUCUCGGCUCUGGGAAUACAUUUGAGGGUGGCCGGCGGCAGAGUGCUCCAGACAGAGUGGCCGCUGACCCCGAUGCCUCAUCUGACCAGACGCUUGGCACCAAGAGACAUGGCAUUGCUGAUUUCCUCACCAGGAGUUUGUUUUCCUGGAAGCCCAAAGAAUCAAGGGCAGUGGCUUCCCAGAGUGCUCCAGGAUGGAAGUUGUUUGGGAAAAUUCAACUUCGGGACAAUUCUCUGAAAGACUCCAGAACCAUUCAAGAGGAGUACGAGUCCAGGGCUGGGCCUGCUACAGGACCACCCCUUCACCCUCCACAGAGACGCAAGAAUCUGGAGUUUGAGCCUUUGUCCACCACCGCUCUUAUUCUGGAAGACAGACCUGCAAACCUGCCAGCUAAAUCAGAAGAGGAAUCUCAAAGACACCGGCAGGAGUACAGUGAAAUGGUUGCAGGGGCCAAGAGAAGGGAGAUGAAAGAGGCGCAGAAGAAAAAGCGUCAAAUGAAAGAACGAUACCGUCAGGAGGAGAACAUCGCCAGUGCCAUGGUGAUCUGGAACUCUGAAGUCCUGCCGAACUGGGAGAGCAUGCGUAACACUCGGCGGGUACGAGACCUUUGGUGGCAGGGCGUUCCUCCCAGCGUUCGAGGAAAGGUCUGGUGCCUCGCCAUCGGGAAUGAACUCAACAUCACUCCAGAGCUGUAUGAGAUCUUCCUGUCCAGAGCCAAAGAGAAGUGGAGGAGCUUCAGUGAGACCAGUUCAGUCAGUGAAAAUGAAGAUUGUGGCGUGUCACUGGCCGACCGAGAGUCUAGUCUGGAUUUAAUUAAGCUGGAUAUUUCCAGAACCUUCCCCUCACUCUACAUAUUCCAGAAGGGUGGACCAUAUCAUGAUAUAUUGCACAGUGUGUUGGGGGCCUACACCUGCUAUAGGCCUGACGUAGGCUAUGUUCAGGGGAUGUCCUUCAUUGCUGCUGUUCUCAUUCUGAAUUUGGAGGAAGCCGAUGCCUUCAUUGCCUUUGCCAACCUUCUCAACAAACCAUGCCAGAUGGCCUUCUUCAGAGUGGACCAUGACCUGAUGCUGAAGUAUUUUGCAGCGUUUGAGGUGUUUUUUGAGGAGAACCUUCCCAGACUUUUCCAGCACUUUCAGAACAACAGCUUGACGCCUGACUUUUACCUCAUAGACUGGAUCUUCACUCUGUACAGUAAGUCUUUACCGCUGGAUGUGGCGUGUCGUGUUUGGGAUGUGUUUUGUCGAGACGGAGAGGAGGCUUUAUUCCGGACGGGAUUGGGGAUCCUGCGGUUGUACCAGGAUGUUCUGCUGCAGAUGGAUUUUAUUCAUAGUGCACAGUUUCUUUCCCGGUUGCCUGAAAACACUCCUGCACACACACUUUUCUCCUGCAUCGCAAACACACAGAUGAUCAGCAACAACCGCCGCUGGAACCAGGUUUUCUCCACUCUGAUGAAAGACGGACUUAAAGAAACUGACAAAAUCAGCAACAACAGCAACAGCAACAGUCCAGCCUUAAGAAGCUGAAAACAGCGGCCUCCGAGGAUGUUUAGAGACGUCACUCAGCACUUUGACCCUCAGCAGUGUGUGCCUGACCAGGACAUAUGAGGACUGUCCUGUUUGAAGAAGCUCACGCUGGACCCUGAGUCCUGUGGAGGAGACGUCUCUUCACUAGCUCUCGCCAGCCUGUUUGUGCGUAUGUUUGAGCCUGAGUAUAAGACAAAUGUGAGUCGGGUGACCGUAUAAUGUGCCAACUUUGUCAAUGUUACUUUUGUAAUGUUGUAACUAUGAGAAAACAAACUAAUCUGAAGCGUUUACACACACACACACACAUACACAAACACACACACACACAGAGAGGCCAAACGCUACAUGAUUUGAACACUCCCUGUUAUGAACCAGCGCUAAGCCCUCUGUUAUAAACACACAACAUAAACCUGCAGUAGCCUUUCAUUAGCACAUACCAAAUCUGUCGUUAAUGUGUUUAUGCUGUUUCUCUCCAGUUAGCUGAAUUUAGCUUGUUUGCUAACAUUGAUUGAGUUUUCCUCAGUGUGUGCAAAAACACAUCAAGUGAUAAAUGAACAUAUAGUAAUAUCUUUAGAGCAGUAUUAGCACUCCAGAUUUGAUCACUUAUUUAGAAAUCAACUAUAUUAAAUGAAGUGAAAUAUUACAGAUGGACACAAACUAACCAGCAGCAAACAAGAGAUCAACUUUUGCACCUUCUACACUCCAAAUGAAUGAACCUUGACAUUUCCAGAUUUCUUUUUCAGUUAUUUAAUGUCUUUAUUUUAUUUAUGAAUUAUUUCUCUUGCUUUUUUCUCUCUUUUUUUGUUUACUUCCUCACUGUUGUACAGUUUUCUUACAUAACCGUUGUUAAUGAACAUUUCUGGUGUGAGGGCUGUAGUGUAGAUGUGGAAAAAUCUCAAUAUUGGAGACUUGCCGUCUUCCUGUCUUUAUUCUUUUUUUUAAAUUUUAUUUUAAUUAUGAAAUGUAAUGUUACACAGAAGUCAUUAGAAGGUGCGAACUGAAACAUGGGGUUAGCGUGUAUUUAAGACAGCCAUCCGCAGAUCGUUGGAAAAUGUGUUUUCCGAAGUCUUUGGUUUUAAACAUUAAAUUGAAUGAAAUCCCUA